GAGGAGUUGUUUUCAUACGUCAAGGACCACCCGGAUAUCCUGCUCAUGAAAUCUAAUUUACGCAAGCAAACUCCUCUACAUCUCUAUGUUCAAUAUUGCGCUGGUGUGAGUGAAAGUCAGUACAUAGAAUAUGAUGACUACGGCGAUGUAGCUUUCAAGCAAACACUUUUUUUUCAAUUAAUGAAAGCAAAUUUUUUGGCUAUCUAUGAGCUUGAUUCAGAGAGCCUGAGCCCUCUAAUGCGAGCAGCUCAGCUUGGUCGUGUGCUCGUCGUUUCGAUGUUACUAAGAUACCGGCAGGCAAUAGAAUGCCGAGACUCGAAAGGACGAAGUUUUUUGCACUACCUGAGGCUAGGUAUGAAUGAUCUUAAUGCAAAAGAUCGGAAUUAUACCGUGAAUGUUUGCAAGAUGAUCUUAGAACAUCCGGGAGUUGAUAUUCUCAUAUGCUCAAGAGACCAAGAUGGAAAUACACCAUUACAUCUGGCCAUUUUGGAUAAAGAUCUCGAUCUGGCACGAUUGAUCUCUGAAUGAUAUAUUCAGGCGCUAAAUAAUAGCAAAGGAAAGACACCUUUCCAUUUGAUUAAAUUCGAACCGGACAUCCUUGAAAUCCUGAAGAAGCUGAUGGAAGAAGGUAGUAAGGGAAGAGAAAUGGAUGACGAGUUGUACUAUGCAGCUGAAAAAUUAGAUAUGCGUGUGUACGAAAAUAAUAGACCUUAUAGUUAUUUUAUUUCUCAAGACGUGGAUGGAAAGAAUAUACUUCACAUAGCCUUACAACUUCAUCAUAAAUCCUCCUCUGACAAACCUGUUGGUAACAACUACAAAGCAUUCAUUAAGGAAACUAUCAAAAGAUUCCCAAAGCUGACAUACCAGAAAGAUUAUAAUGGUGACACGCCAUUGCACAUUGCCGCAAGGUUUUCAUCAGAUGCAGCAACAAUAUUGUUGCAAGAAUCUUUCCAAUAUUGGAAUGUAAGGAGGACAGAUGAUAACUGGCUUGAUCUUGAACCGCUACCAUGGAAGGUGAAAGAUUCGAGAGGCCAUACGCCUUUUCAUGAAGCUGCACGUACUGAAAACUGGAGUACUUUACGUUUAAUGUUUAAUGCUUUAGGUAAUGCUAGCAAUCCAAGGGAAGCAAUGGAAGAGGUAAACAAGUAUGGUGAGACUGUUCUUCACUUGAUUGCAAGAUACAUGAAGAUGACAGAUGACAGUGGGCUUGAUGUGAAAGAAAGGGACAGCAAGCAUAUGAUGCUAGAUGACUGCGAAAGUGCUGCGUAUAUUCGUGACGUAGAUGGCUUAACCCCUCUUUUAAGAGCGGCGCACUCUGGUCGGGUUAAACUAGUUUUUGAUAUUAAUGGCAAUUAUCCUAAAUCAGUAAAAAUUAGUGAUUAUAAAGGUAGAAAUGUGAUGCACCAUCUAUGUACUUCAGCCUUCAGUAGGGUGGCUGACUUGGAAAGGUUAAUACAAUUUUGGGAAAUGAUCCCUAGCAGAUUUCCUGGAGCUGAUGAGUUGAUAUUACCACAAGAUGAUGAUGGAAACACACCAUUACAUCUUGCCAUCAUGAAUCACAACUUUGAGGUUGCACAUUAUUUAUUUAGCCAUUAUGUCAAGGUAAAAUCAUCAAGUUUUACAAGGGCGUUGAAGGGUACAAGGAACAAGCAGGGAAAGUCAAUCAUGCACUUAAUUACAAGUGAACAAGGCGUUCCAGUAAACCUAAAAGAACUAAUAGAACAAGCUGGUCUUGUACGCAUAAUGGAUGAUAAUCUUUAUGAGGCAGCAACAAAAGGAGAUGUGGGUUACAUUGAAAAAUUAAGACUUGUAGAUCGUUGGUUUUCAUUGGAUUGUCAAUCCCAUGAUGGAAGUAAUAUCCUUCACAUAGCCCUUCGGCAUCAUCAUAUACCCCUCAUUGAAUGUGUGCUCGAUGGUAGUCAUAUGCUUAUGAGCUGGAAAGACUCGAAAGGCGAUACGCCUCUACAUCUCGCUGCUGGGCUUUUCACUAAUGAAGCAUUCACUUUCUUGGAACUUUGUCUCAAUACUUGGAUAUUUAAUAAGAAUGAAUAUUAUCUAGAAGGUCCUGCACCAUGGAAGGUGAGAAAUUCAAAAGGAAAUACGUAUCUACAUGAAGCUGCACGAUUGUGUAAUUACAAAGUUAUAUUUUCAGCGGAACUUCUAAAUGGCAAAGACAUUAAAGAUGUUAAUGACCGUGGUGAGACUGUUCUUCAUGUCAUAGCAAGAUAUGCCAAUAACACUGCAAAGAAUUACCUAGAGAACUUGUCUGAACAGAUGCAGUCACUUGUGUACAUUCAAGAUUUAGAGGGCUUCACUCCAGUUUUAAGAGCACUGCGACAUGGACGCCUUGGAGUGGCAACAUUUCUUAUUGGACAAUGCCCUCGUUCGAUUGGAAUCCCAGACAAUAAGGGUAGAACAGUUCUGCACCACUUGAGGGGUUUGGUUGUAGAUCUUGUUGAUGACAUAAAAGAUAUAUUGCCAGUGUGGAACGAAUUUUUCAAACAUCCCGGUGUUGAUGACCUUAGGAUAGAACAAAACGUAGAUGGGAACACACCGCUACAUUUAUCCAUUAUUGAUGGCGAUUUCACUAAAGCAAAAUUUCUCAUGGAAAAAUGCCUCCAGUCGAAAAAUAAACGAGAAUUGGAUAUCGUCAACAAUGAUGGUCACUCAGUUUUUGAUCUAGUCUCGUCACGAGCCCAUAUACCUGCCACGAAAGAACUGCAAUCAUUAGUGAGUAGAAGCUAUGUGAAAGAGAGAGAAUUAAUCGACAAAGUGAUGGAUGACGAGCUCUACUGGGCAGCAGUAAAUGGAGACUAUCAAAUAUUUGAAUCAAUUAGUAAUGAUGCUACAACAAACGAUGCUGAAAGUAGACCACCCAUACUUCCUGAAGCCUACUUCUGCAGUCAAACACCAGGUGGAAGCAAUAUGAUUCACAUAGCCCUCCGACAUGGUGGAAAAACAAAUGUAGAGCAAUUCAUCGAGAUUGCUCUACAAAAAUACCCAAUAUUGAGCAUGCGACCAGAUAAUAACGGAGAUACUCCACUUCAUCUUGCUGCUAAGUGGAAGAGUGGUGUAUCAUCACUGGAAUCAUUAAUAAAGGCAUCAAAAGCUUUUCUCCAAGCACUGGAGGAGAGUACGAAAGCUUUCCAUGUUGCACCAUGGGCUGUGAAAAAUUACAAGGGCAGUUUCCCGAUUCAUGAGGCUUUACAAACUGGUAACUUGGAAGCGGCAAAUGCUUUGCUCGGUUGCGACACUGAGGCUGCUUCUCGUGUUAAUGACUUGGGUGAUACUCCAUUACAUUCUUUUGCCAAGAAUGGUUUUUCAAACAGUGAUGGUGACCAUGUAGAAGAGUUUGUGGACACAUUGCUUAAAAAGAGUAAUCAAGCAGCAUACAUGCGAGAUGAUGACGGUCUUACACCGUUGCUAAGUGCAGCAAGAUCAGGUCGUCUUCAGGUUGCACAAGCUAUACUCUUAUAUCGUCCACAAUCAGCGUAUCUCAGAGACCCAAGUGGCCGGACAUUUUUGCAUCUCUUGCGUUUUACAGGUGAAGAUAUUGAUGAGAGUUUAGCCGGGAGUUUUGAGAAUACAGGGAAGCAGUUAUUUGAAAUCCCUGAAGCGGAUGCUCAGAGACUAGUGCAAGAUUAUGAAGGAAACACACCACUCCAUUACGCCAUUAAAACUCAAAACACUGUUGCUGCUAUUGUAUUGACUCAAAGGUGUUUAGAUGAUGAAGAACAAAGAGAACUUGGAUUGGUUAAUAAUGAGGGUCAUACAAUUCCAGAUUUACUUGCAUCACAUGACGUCCCAAAUGAGGUUAUAGAGCUAAUCCGAAAGAAAAUGCCCAAGGCAGUGUACUUAGCUAGAAGCUCAUAUGGUAUCCGCAAGACAGAAAUGAAAGACUCAGCCAAUGCUCUUUCUGUGGUUGCUGCUUUAUUAGCAACCAUAACUUUCGCAGCUGGGUUGCAGGUGCCUGGUGGAUUUGAUGAAAAUGAUGGUUCUCCUGUUCUUAUGGCAAAACCAGCAUUUACUAUAUUCGUCGUGGCGAACACCACCGCAAUGUCCUGCUCAAUGCUCUGUCUAUUCCUACUCCUUUGGGUGAUGGGCAUUGGCAAAAUUCAUGGAUCCCUCAUGGUAUUAGAUAUCUCUAUAAUCUUGCUUCGUUUAUCAUUCUAUCUUACCCUGCUAACAUUCACAAUGGGUGUGUAUGUGACUACUAUACAAAAGAGUUUAUGGCUAGGUAUCGUUGUCUGUGUACUUGGAUUCCUCACCUUCCUUCUCACAUGGAAGUUUUCCAUCAAAACUGUCGCUAAAUAUGGUGGGCGUGCUCAUAUUAGCAUAAAGACCUUUAUAAAGUUUGUCAACUCCAAGUGUAGCCAAUACAUAAAGGUUCGAGGUGACAGUAGUCAAUCAAAGAAAAGAUUCGAAAGAUCAAGGCAUUUGAUUAGGAAGGUUUAAAUAUUGCGCACAAGGGUAUGCCAAUAUGCCAUGAUAAACAUGUUGGUUUGGUACGUCAAAGGAUCAAUUCAAUCAAAAGUUAAGCUCCUAGUAUCAAAGCUAUGAAGUAUUGAAGUUACUUGUUCUUUAUAAAACUUUUUCCUUUGAAUAGAUUAUUUACCAGUUUUAAUCUAUUGUAUUUUUAUCUUGUAUUACUCUUUUGUUCAUAAGUUUGUCCAAGACAGUAAAUCCUAACAAAGGCAUUGAGGCCAUUGGUCA